UUGCUGACGGCGAGCCACGGGUUCCGCAUUCGGAGUGUGUUGUUAUUGUGCUUCUGGUCAGGCGGCCGGAGAGCAGCUGCUCAAGAUGAUGGAGCAUUCAGCGUCAGACUCAGAAACUGAAGAUCAUGCCCAGCCUUUACUACGCCGGAAAGACACCGGAGACCUUCAGAAAGCUCCUGCUUGCUGCUCCUCACGAUACGGCUUGGCCUUCUUGUCCUCUUAUGGCUUCUUUGUGGCGUAUGCCCUCAGGGUGAACCUUAGUGUAGCAAUGGUGGACAUGCUGAAAAACAGUUCCAGGGCCAACAACAGUUCCUCUGUCUGCCCUCAUCACAGCAUCCCUGUGCCCAAACACAAUCACACUGCCAGUGUGUAUGACUGGGAUUCAGAGACUCAGGGAUGGAUCCUGGGCUCUUUUUUCUAUGGGUAUAUACUUACUCAGAUACCAGGUGGCUACUUGGCACGCAAGUAUGGUGCCAAGUGGCUCUUUGGUAUCGGCAUCUUUUGCACUGUGAUCUUCACCCUGCUGACUCCAGUAGCCGCUGAUCUGGGAGCAGGUUACCUCAUCGCUGUCAGGGUGUUGGAAGGCAUUGGGGAGGGAGUGUCAUAUCCUGCUAUGCAUGCGAUGUGGGCAUCAUGGGCACCGCCUCUGGAGAGAAGUCGUCUGCUCACGAUCUCUUACACAGGUGCUCAGCUGGGAACUGUAGUGGCUCUUCCUCUGUCUGGCCAGAUAUGUUUUUACCUAGACUGGACAUACGUUUUUUAUAUAUUUGGAGCUGUUGGACUUGUUUGGUUUUUCCUUUGGGCUUGCUUUGUCAGUAACAGUCCCAGCUCACACAAAAAGAUAACAGAGGCUGAGAAGACUUACAUAAUGGCAUCUUUAAAAAAUGAACUGUCCCCAACCACAGAUUACAUCCCAUGGACAUCAAUCCUCAAAUCUAUGUCAUUAUGGGCCAUAGUUGUGGCACACUUCUCUUACAACUGGACAUUUUACACUCUGCUGACUCUCUUACCCACCUACAUGAGUGAUGUACUCGGAUUCAGCAUCCAGCAGAAUGGAAUGCUCUCAGCUCUGCCCUACCUUGGUUGUUGGUUGCUGGCUUUGCUGGGUGGACAGCUGGCAGACCUCCUGAGAGAGAGAUAUCUUUUCCAAACUGUAAUUGUGCGUAAGGCAUUCACUAUCGUAGGAAUGGUGGGACCUGCCGUCUUCCUGGUGGCUGCUGGCUACACUGAAUGUAACUAUGUCUUGGCUGUAGCCUUCCUCUCCAUCUCCUCCUCUCUAGGGGGCAUUUCGGCCUCUGGAUUUAACAUCAACCAUUUGGACAUUGCUCCCUCAUAUGCUGGGAUAUUGCUUGGGAUCACAAACUCAUUUGCCACUAUACCUGGCAUGGUGGGCCCUGUAAUAGCAAGAUCUCUGACCAAAUCUAACACCAUUUCAGAGUGGCAAGUUGUCUUCUACAUCUCCGCAGCAAUCAAUAUAUUUGGAGCGGUUUUCUUCACAAUAUUUGGCAAGGGCACAGUCCAGCCUUGGGCUGUCCAGAGAAUACACAUCCAGUGAAACAUGUCUACCGUCAAUAAUUUCCUAAAGGUCAAAGGGACGUACCUCUUGUAAAUUCUAUAGAGAUCUUAGCAGUAGUUGCAUAUGCUUUGCAAACUAACGAAUACUGCACAAUCCAAUUGUUUUUUUUAAUUAUACCAACAAACACAAUGACUUUUGGUAUUUUUUUUAUUGGUAGUGUCUGUAUUUGUUAUACAUGUCAGUAGCUUUUUCAGACAAUUUUUUAUUUUUUCAAACAAAGGUGCAAUAAAUAAAGGGAAGAUAAAACAUAGAUGUACAUUCAGUCAUAAGGAGAUCAAAUUUUUGAUCACGCUAGCAGUGUGGUCCAAUUCACACUUGUGAAAAACCUGUGUGAAUCAGAGCGGUUACCAAAUUAAUCUGACUCACUGAAUCACAAGUUAACUUGUGAAUUGUUUUGAAGUAUGAAGCUCAUGAGACCCAUUGUAGCUGUUCUUAACACAGUAGUAAGAACUAUAUCAAUUCUAUUUCUGAUUUGUUAAAUCUGUUCUGUUGAAAACUAAAAUAAUCGUAAACGUUAAGGAAUUGUGAGUCUUUCGCGAUUAACGUCCCUGUGAAAUAUACCUUAAUGUAGGCCUAUGAUUAUCACAACAUGCCUUACCCAUACUGAAGCAAGAGGCCUUAAGGGAGAUUAUCAGUUAAAUCGUGUCUGGUUGUUACGUUUUAGCCUUUUUGUACACUAUAACUGAUUUUUGUUUACAUUUUUAUUUCUUUCUGUUUUGUGCAAUCUUUACUAAGUGAAACAAAAUUAAUAAAUCCGUGUAAACACUGUAUGUUGCAUAAUCUGUCAAUUGUCAAGAUGCUACAACACAUGCUUCAUCACCUGUCAAAUACUUGUAUAUCUAAUAAAAUUAUUGCACUUGUUUA